AUGGGUGAAAUGGGCUCGGUUUAUGAGCAAUAUUACACAGGGGGCUGUGCAAAGACAGAGGAGGAGGAAGCCGCGAGCUCCGAGGAAGACUCGGGCUCGUUCCGUGGCGCUGGGCUCUGCAAAUGGUUUAACGUGCGAAUGGGCUUCGGCUUCCUGUCCAUGACCCAUCGUGAGGACAUCUGUCUGGACACACCCGUGGAUGUGUUCGUCCAUCAGAGCAAGCUUCAUAUGGAGGGCUUCCGCAGUCUGAAGGAAGGGGAAGCUGUGGAGUUCACCUUCAAAAGAUCAUCUAAGGGUCUGGAGUCCUUAUGGGUGACGGGGCCAGACGGGGCACAAUGCGUAGGCAGCGAGAAAAAACCCAAGGGUGCCCAAAAACGCCGUUCAAAAGGAGAUCGAUGCUUCAACUGUGGAGGGACAAAUCAUCAUGCCAAAGAAUGCCAACUACCACCUCAGCCGAAAAAGUGCCAUUUUUGCCAAAGCAUCUCCCACAUGGUGGCCAACUGUCCAAUCAAAGCACAACAGUUGUCACCAGGAUCUCAGGGAAAAUCAACAACCUCAACAGGAGAAGAUGAUGACAUGAGCCACACCCCCUUACCUCCCGAGACCUCUGAUUAGUUGGGGGGAAGGUUGUCAGGGAAACACAAGCACCAAUCAAAAAAUGUCAAGCUGCUUUUGGAACUAACUCAGGUUUUUCUUUUUCAAACAGCAGAAAUGAAUGUCAGUCAG